ACAAAAAUGUCUUACCUGCUCACGGAAAUAGCUCUGGAAAUGCUGGGGUACAAGUUCUACGAUACCAAUGGAGUCUUCCACUUGACGAACUUCCAAAACAACUCGACGCAGCUGGAGUCGCACCCAGACGAGCCUUCUUUGACAGAGUUCAUCGAGCAAGCUGAAUCUCUGGACGAGGACUUGGAUGGGGGUGCCGCUGCCAGUAAGGAGGUGAAUCUGCCUACGGAACUCAGCCGCUCCACCGCCAGCAACCCGCCGAAUGUCGCCGACGUUACACAUUGUCGACGUGCGCCGGCCAAGGCGCUGGCAAAAAUCAUGGACUACGAAAGUGACAAGAUCGCCGCCCAGAUCACCAAUCGUUUGGAGAAGGAGAUCUCUCGACUAGGAGCCUAUGACAACGAGAUAAUGCUCGAGCAAUGCAUCCAUGAGGAGAAGCGGCUAAUAUGCGAAGACGCCGACGCGAUGCAGAAGUUCCGGGAGUUUCUGCAGAUUCACCUGCAACAAAUAGACAAUCGGCCGUUUGAAAAGUACGAGCGCACCUUUGGAACAGACUAGAGGUCGUGGUCAUUUGUUGUACGAAGUCCAAACAAAAUCAACUGCAUA